AUGAGUGCGCCGUUAAUACCAAACAAGUCGUGUUAUACCCAGCUUCAGGACAACUGCAGCGAAAUAAAAAAUAACAAUGAAAGCAUAGUGAGUGUGGGGGAUACCAAUGCCAACCAAAUUGUGGCAAAAGUUAGAACCACUGAAGAGGAUGUUAAGAAAUGUGAUUCGACAGAUGAGAGAGGGAAUACGGACUCUGGAGGUUCAGAGAAAGUUACUCAUCUGAAUACAGAGCAGAAUAAACUUCUGAACUUUAAAGACUCUCGGACUUGUCACACUGGUGUACAUGAAAGUAAGCUGCCCUCCACCACAAGCAGGGAAAUGGGGAAAGUUUGUAGGACCAGCGAAGCUAAGGAUAUAUCAAGGCACAUCAGGAUUAGCCGAGGACAAAGUCUGUCCAAUUUAAAAAGUAGCACAAACGAUGGCAGCCUGGGGGUUAUUUCCAAAGGUGAUGUUGACUUCACCCAGAACAUUUCUAAGGGUAAAAUGUCCAGGACUGUAGAGAUGGAGAGAAUAAAAAGGCUUUCUUUGGGAAGAUCAAGUAAAUUUUCUCCUCAAUCUGAAACAUUUGCAAAAGACUGCGUUGGCCGCGUGUCGUGUAAGCGUCUGCUUUCUGCAUCAUUAGACUCCAUUGACAGGUCGCAUCAUUUGAUAGGAAAUACAGAGAAAUCACAAAAAAUAUCCACGGACCAUUUUCUUGGGAUGGUGUUUCAUCCACUUGAAAAUACCUCAGAGGAAAAUAUUGUAUUUUAUUCCAAAUCACCUACCUCAGGGAACAAGAAAAUAAGUAAACCAGAAAAUGUACCAAAUGUUAACAUUGAAAGCACACUGCAUACUUCACAUUUUCAACAUUCAACUGUUAAGCCCAAUGAGAUUGUUAGUAAAUCAGAAGCACAAUUAGGUCAGGGGGAUAGAAGUAAAAAACUGGAGCUUAAGACUGCACCAUCUCUACAAUCUAGAAGUACCUGUCAACAAAAGAUUGAGAGAAUUAUGCUGGUAGAGUUCCUGGGAUGUCAAAAAGAUGAAAAUACAGCAAUGCAGGAACAGAAAGGCUCUGGGUCUGACUCAUCAAAAUUUCAAGCAUGCCAUUUUCAAGACACCUGUAAUAAAGUAGAGGAUCCAUUGUCAAGCCAGGUGGUAACCUAUCCUGGUGAAAAAUUGCUAAAUGAUAACAUCACCAUUGAUGGGGAAGGGAGAAGAAGCAAUGACAGUGACAACAGGGCGGCUAGCCAGGUUGGUGAGGAAUAUUUUGCUGACAAAGAAGUGGAAACAACAUUCCCACUCACCUGCGAUAGUAAAUCCAGUGGCAAAGUGACACCUAGAAAAAAUGAGAAUUUACAUGAAGCUGACGCAGGUUGCGCUGAAGCAGUUGGUGAACAGAUAUCUCUUAUACAUAACAUUAAUCUACCUGACAGCAAACCCUUCAAAGUUAAUGAGAAUAAACUGGCACUAGUCAAAGGAAACACCGAGGAUGCUGCCGUACCUGCUUCUGAUCUCUCAGAUCAGCACGGAACACGCAGUGCCGAGACAGUGUCGAACCAACAACCUGACGGUCAUGACGGUGAUGUGGAAGCCUCAAGCUUUUCAGUUCCAAGUAAAAAGACAGCCACUGCACAGAAACAUCCUCCAGAUGAAGCACCAGAGAGCUAUAAGGUUUUGACAAAGGCUGAUGCCUUUUUAUGUGUCCCAACUCCCGUGCGCCCAGUGGCAACGCUGGAUGUUAAUAGUCAGCCCACGCUAUCAAACAGUAAUUUGAAGGACCUUUAUGCACUUCAUGUUGACAAACUGUCCCCCUCCUCAGUCCUACCUCCCAUUGACAGUACGCAGUUGUUAAACAUAACCCCUAAAGUGCCUAUCAAGCCUGCUUGCAGCAGCGCCAUCCCAAAACCUAUCCUCGUCCACUCCAAGGGCUCCCUCGCAGAUAAGGCGGAUGUGGACAGUGACUCCAGUGAGAAGCUGGAAGAAAGCAUUGAGAUGAAACCUGCCAUACCCAGGCCCAAACCUGUGAGACCUAAAAUCAUCACGUACAUUAGAAGAAACCCUCGUUCGAUAGAGCAGCUGGAGCCUUCGUUUGCACCGGCAGGGCUGCCUUUCGGUACCCCUGCGUGUGGCGUGCCCAUCUCUACAGAGCAGAAGGUGUCCAACGGAGGGGAGGCGAAGCCCCCCAGCAUCCUGUAUGACAAAUUUAAACCUGACCUCCAGAAGCCAAGACUCUUCAGUUCUGGACUGGUGGUGUCAGGAAUUAGGCCCCCAGGCCAUCACUUCGGUCCGAUGGGUGAGAAGUUUCUGCAGGAG